AGUUUAAUUCAGUCGAAGCUUGAGCGAGGUGAAGAUAGUCGCGGCUAGACCCUGUUCAUUGCCUUGAAUAUGCCCAAUUGUAUAUACUGUUGCAUACCAAACCCGUCGGGUCGAUGGUGAAAAGAAAGAAGACAUCUGCUGUCGAAGAGCAUGAAAAUGGGUAACCUUGUCUGAUAAAGAAGCACUUUAAAUAGAGGUCGAAUGUAUCGAAAGGUUUUACGUUGUCGUUUCAGCGGGCGCUAAACUCAGAGGCGCUCGUAUUUGAAUUUCGGAUAAAAAUAAAACCAUGUAAACUGUUAGAAGGUUAAGAUGACUAACAAAAACGCACGAACAAGGAUGACAGUUGGGCUGAGAGACGGCAUUGGUGUCGAUGGCCCGAAUAAUUGGGCCAGAAAGCUUGAAGGUUGUGACGAGGAGGAGAGCGGAUAUCAGGGGAGCGAAGAGCGUAGUACAAAGAGAGACGGAGUGGAAAUUCAUACUCUAUCAACUACGGGCUGCUCCAGUUCAGCACCGGUUAUUACCACCUCCGUAUCGAACCCGUCUGGACCUUGCUCGAGCCAACAGCCACGUUCCUCGACAGCACCGAGUCACGACCAGCAUCAUUUUCUGAGAUCCAGCGUUCGACCCCCGAGCAAACGAAUCCGGAAGGAUUCCAUCGCCCCAAAUAUCAAUGGUCCCAACGGGGCAAAAUCGAAAGGUUCAGAGAAUGGUGUCUCUCACCAGGUGUCGGCUAGUCAGUCCGGCUCCACAUCAGGCUCUACGGGGCCCUCAGGCAAGGCUGCCCCUAGAGGCCAAGGACCCGGGGACAAGGAGGAGCCAGUGGGCAGCCAGAAGAGACCCAGGAGACAGUGGGAGUCCUGGAGUGCAGAGGACAAGAACAGCUUCUUCGAAGGGCUCUACGAGCAUGGGAAGGACUUUGAGGCGAUCCAGACAAACAUAGUGUUGAAGCAUAAGAAGAAGGGGAAGCCAGCCAGCAUGGUGAAGAACAAAGAGCAAGUCCGACACUUCUACUACCGCACCUGGCACAAGAUCUCCAAGCACAUCGACUUCGCCAACGUGUACUCCCGUGUGCUGAAGAAGUCCUCUCAGGAGCUGUACGGUCUCAUCUGCUACGCUGAGUUAAGGAAGAAGGUUGGAGGAUUGAUGGACGAUAAGAACGUGGCCAAGCUUAACGAGCUCAUCCAACAGGGGGCGACCACAGUGCGUUCUAAAGGCAGGAACCUGCGCAUCAAAGCUCCCAUGUGCCGUGCGCUCAAGAGGCUGUGUGACCCAGAUGGAGUGAGUGAUGAAGAGGACCAGAAGCCUGUGCGUCUACCUCUGAAGGUUGCCGUGGAGCUGCAGCCGCGUAGCAACCACUCCUGGGCCCGUGUCCAGAGUCUGGCCCAUAAUCCCCGCCUCAGGAUGGUGGUGGAGCUGCAUAGGAAGGUGUCCAGCCUGAUUGAGUUCCUGAAACAGAAGUGGGACGUCCAGGACCAGCUCAUCCUGAAGAGCUUGCAGGAGCGUGAGGCGUUAGAGGGAACCCAGCAGCACAGUGGUAGCGGCAGCCCUGCUCUCCCCUGCAGAGCAGACGAGGACCUGUUCCUGUACCCAGCUGAGACCAGCACCCUGACCGCCCUGCCCAGCGUAGCCCGUGUGGUCCACUCCAAGGCCUCCUGCACCGUCCACUGGCAGGAGAGCGGCAAGCCCCGGCCCGGCCCCAAGGAGCUGAUCCCCACCGCCCAGAUUCUGGGCAUCCAGGGGUCCCCGCUCCUCCCCCGGGGGGGCGUGGCCAAACCUGGGCGGGGCGGUGGUGGUGGGGAUGCUCGACGGGUAGGGGGCGAGACCCCUGUAUCUACGGCCGAAGGAGGAACGUUGGGAGGAGGAGCAGGGCCAGAGCACAAGAAUCUGAACCAGAUAACAUCUCCUCCUGUACGUCCUCUUCCUUCUCCUUCGUCUUUGCUGCUGUUGUCUAUGGCUCAGAAACAGGAGGGUGGUGCAGCCACGGGGCAGGUGGAAGGGGAGAAGGGGCUGGGGGGAGGACCAGGGGUAGGGAAGGCCUUGGGGGCCAAGGAAGGUGAUGGGGACUCCAAUUCUCAGGGCCAGGGGGGAGGUUCUUGCUCUGCUACUGAGCCGUGCAGGCAUGAAGAGCGGACCCCAGGGGUUAACGGCAGUGACAGUGCCUCUCCAGAGAGGAACUUCCUCCCCCUGUUGGACCCCCUGGUUCCCACCACACCUCCACCGGCAACGGUACCGCGACAGGUGGAGGACGUUCCUCCAGACCAGGGGCAGGGGUGGACAGCAGCCCCAGGAAAAGAGGAGUGUGGUGGAGGAGGCAGCACCCCAACCCCGGUGUCUGGCGGUCGGUCGGCCCAGCGGAUCUGUGAUGAGGGCUGGAGCUCGCGGGGGUCAGACAGCAACGUGACUCUGGCAGAGCUGUACCUGAUGCUGGGGAAACCUGGGAAACUGCAGCUGGUGUACGAGUGGCAGCCGGCUUCUGUGGCAGCCCCGGAGCUGGGGGAGGAGGGGCUACAGGGACCAGGGCAAACAUGCCCACAGCAACAGUCACCACGCCCUCUGCCCCCACCCUCCACCCACCGCGUCCUGCGCUGUCUCCUCCGGCUGGUAUCAUCAGAGGUCAACCCCAAACCUGCUCCAGAUCUGUGCUCCACAGCCACGUCUCCGGUAAAGCCAUCCCAGGAGGAACAGUCCCUCACCCCCCCAGGCAAGGCCCCGGCUGUGGGGGUACGGAGCCCCAACUGUGGACGACUGCCGCCCCUGGGGGUCCGAGCUGCAAAGCUGAUGUUACCAAACACUGGCUUGUCCGGUCGUAACCUCCCGCGGUCUCUGCUGGUGUCCGGGGGGGACUCAGAUGGUGGGGUGUUUGCUGUUCCCACCACCCUGCCCCCCAACAGCUCCCGACACUCCCGCAUGUUCUCUCCCAACAAGGAGGCCGAGCUCGCUUUCCGACAACAGCUCGACUCCAUCAGCUUGCAGUCAGACAUUUUCCUGCCGAAACAAAGGAAAAACAGGAGCCGGCCACUUCGAAAGCCCCUCGUGGUCCAGAGAACCCUGCUCCCCCGCACCACUGGAGACACUCCUCAACACGUCUGCUCCUUCUCCAUCCUCUCCAACUCAUCUGCCACUGGAACAGGCUCUUUCCGGCCAAUCCAGCCCCGUCUCUCUCCCUCCACCCGUCCCCCCCUCCCCAGAACUCCGCCCAUCACAUCUGGCCCUAGGAUGUCCAGUCAGCUCUCCAGUGCCAUUGACCUGGCAGCCAAGUCAGCAGGCAUCAUCCCAGGUAGCCCCUGUCGGGAGUUGAAGGCCCCCAGUCCAGACGGAAGGCCCCUCUCGACCUCUCACCCUGGAGUGGUGCAUGCUAGUCCUCCCCAGCCACAGCUCCUUCAGCAGGCCUCCUCUGAGGUUUCGCUGCAGAACGGCCUCCCGCCUCCGUCUCCAGGAGUUGCAGGUGACUCUCUCCUCUCCCCGCCCAGCGUGGCCUCUCUGCUGGACAUCUCUCUCCCAGGACCCCUGGAGGAAGCCAUGGCUCCUGGAGGGCCACAAACGCACAUCAGUGACUCAAUCAUUGAGCUGGCCAUCAACUCGGCACACUACGGUGAUGAGGCAUCCCUCUCUCCUGCCAAGCUGAAUGGUAGUGAGUGCUCUAAGCUCCUACCCUGUACCUCAGUCAGCCCCUCCAGGGGCUGGAUCCCUUCCCCCAGCCAUGACCCUCAGUGGUACCCCAACGACUCCACUGACUCUUCAUUUGGCUGCCUGCUAUCGAGCCUGGUGUCCCCUGAUAAGGGUAGACGAAGCUCCCUGACCCCCUCCGGCCCCUCCAGUGGAACAGCCCUCCUCGGACCCAGAUUUCUAGACUGCAACUCCCAUGAUUCCUUUCAGUCCCGCGGCUUGCCAGACGUAGCAGAGGUAGACACCCAGCUGGCCUGCAUGAUGAGUGAGAGCAGCGUGGAUUACAUCGCCCGCUUCAACGAUUUGGCACAGGAGCUGGCUGUCACAGAGCCGCACCUCCUGCCACCUUGAGUUUGAAUAGACUGAAGGCGGGUUUAAGAAAUGUUUGUCAGUUGCCCCUCCCACACCUUCAAAAGUGCAAGGACAAAGGGGGUGGAGAAACACUCCUUCCCCUAUAUAGUUUGUGAAAGAAAGUGCAAUGGCCAUUGGCCUGAACAGAAGAAGCACUCAGAUCUACUUUGGCACAGUCCAACUGCAACAGGUUUAAACUCAUUCUGAUGGUUUCAACGUGUUCUGAAAUGGUUACCUCUGGUUCUGAAGGUCUGUGGUCUGGUUUCAACUGCUUCUGAAGGAAUGUGGACUAGUUUCAUGGCCUGUGGACCAGUUUCAACUGGUUCUGAUGUGUUUGGAAUGGUUCUGACUGGUUCUUAUGGGUUCUGACCAGCGUCAACUUGUUCUAACGGGUUCCAGCUGACUUGUUUGUUUGGACCAUUCUGUCUGUUCUGCCUAGCGAGCAGGCCUUUUAAAAAAAUAUAUAUUUUUAAACACUUAAGAUUAAUCCCGUUUACAAAACACAACCUCAUGUAAAGUAUAAAACAAUGCCAUAUAUGAACAAAAGACUGGGUCUCUGUAUCUUUCCAUUUCUGUCCUCUUGUCUCCCUCUGAGAAAUAUCAAACCGAAGACAUUUGAGUGCAAAAUGUAAAUGUCAGACUAACUUGAAAAUAACUACUGAUGAACUGCUGGUCGCGUGUCCUUCAUCUUGUCAGUUCACGCGUACAAAUUAACAUUUAAUCUGUUUAAACCAUAUGAGUGGAACUGAUGUUAAUUUGUGUCCCAGGCCAAACAUACGUGUCUGACGGAGUUUGUCUGUGUCCCUCCCUCCAUAUCAAUGCAAAAAAGUUUGACACUCCACUUGAACAUCUCCUCCAACUAACCCAGCUACAUUUGUGUUGGUCUGUUUUUUUUUUUCUUCUCAACCAAUGCUUUGAAUCGACCUGAAAGCGAAUUUCAGUUUUCUGUAGCAAAACGUUUUGUAAAGUUUGAGCCCCUUGUGUGCCUUUGUAACACCACACAAGGUGCUCCCUCCUAUGAUGCCUGGUUGGUUGUCAGUCAAGCUGUGUUUUUUAGAGGUCUCCAGCUGAUGAAAGAACCAAUUAUAUUAUGUGGGGUUUUAGACACAGAAAUAUGGUCACGUUCCAGGAUGACCUUGUUGGAGAUGUUGCAUUGUAUCAACCAAUGUUUGUGUGCCACAUUAUCGACUGCAGUCUGGCAUCAGAUUACUACGGUUGAGUGAUGUCUGACUACAUUGCAGCAAAUGCCAGAAAUGAAGAAGCGUGUUUCCAGGACAAACCGUGUCCAAAAUGGCACCCUAUUUCCUAUAUAGUGCACUGCUUUUGACCAGAGCCUAUAGGGCCCAGGUCAAAAGGAGUACGCUAUGUAGGGAAUAGGUUGCCAAUUCGGCCACACCCAAUGCCUAGAUGUCAGCUAAGGAUUUUGUUAUGAGAAAAAUCACAUUGGCGCAAUGUUCAAAUACUAAAUGUCCGAUUUUUUUUUUAACACUAAAAGAAAUGUUCAAGCUACAAAUGUGGAUUAUGUCUAAAGAAUUUUAUAUAGCUGUUGUCUUUAAAUUGGGGCAUGGAGUCCUUUCUCUUUGUAUCUUUAAUCUAUAACAAUUCCAGUGUUCUCUGCUCUUUUGUAACAUAAUACUGUAAAUUAUACUUUUUUGGACUAUUUAUUGUUAACAGGUUGAGUGUUUGUUUUAAAAGGAGUUGUAUGUAAUAUUUUUGCAUUGUAAUUACAGAAAAAUACCUUAAUAUAUCAGCAGUAAUAGUGGAGAGUGUUUAACAAUGUUUAUUAAAAAAAUUGAGCCCACACAAAAUUGGUCGUCACUAGUUACUUUAGCCGCAAAGUCAUAAGGCCUGCCUACUCGACCAAUUGGAUAAGUGAGUGUGAUAUGACCUGCAUGCCGGCUUACGGUUCACUGGCAAUGACCAAUCAGAUGAGUGGGUGCGUGCAUGCAGACCGGCUUGCAGGGGAGACAUGCAUUUAAUUUAUCUAGUGUUCCAUACAUUUUAUUUUUAUUAGCUAUAAUAAAUCCAACCACUCUAAAUGCAAAGGGAUAAUCGGAUGUCUUAUUCAACAUCAGCUUGCCAGCUUAUGUUUUCCUUACUCAUAGUUACUUGUCCUAUCCCAAAAUAGGUUAAUUCCAAUAUCUGUACUGUUUUUAAAAUGGCAUGUAGACAGAAAAAUUGACACAUCUUUAUUAGAUUUAUUUUAGCCACAAGUAAAAUGUACAAUUUGACCAAUGUUCAGACAUUUUUAUUUUUUAAAUUGGCUGAUAAGAUCAACCCUGUUACUUUAUUUUGAACCUAGGCACUUACUAUAGUCAUUUGUUUAACUUAACGUAGCCUUGCAGUCCACUUUUUUUGUGUGUUUUGUACCAGUUCCCAUCUGUACAAAGGCAUGGAAUAUGGCAAAACAGUUAGAAAAGUGCCAUAUGAGUCCAAUGUAUAGUAGACACCCAAAGCUCUUUACGAAACUCAAGUCCUCACUAGUAUGUACAACCUUGUGUUUACAUAGCUAGUGCCCACAGUAGGGACUUGUGAAAAACAGAAUCGACAACCUCUGCAUAAACAGUUGCUUUGUGAGAAGGUGUUAGUUCAAGUGGCUUGGCUUUGGCCCCAAGUGAGACAGAUGCCGGUCCGCGUAGUUGGAAACAGAAAAUUCUGAGCCUUUUGGGUGAAAUGCUGUAUGGAAAUGUGCCAUUACAUACUCUAUUUUAUUUUUAUUAGCCCAUCCAACCUCUUCAGAGGACAAAAGUUAAUUUCUUUUAGGUUUCACAGAUAUUUUGUUACAUAUAACUUGUUCAUACAGUAUGAAACAUGUAUACACUCACUACUGUAAGUCGUUCAAGAUAAGUGUCUGCUAAAUAACAUGUAAAUGGUAUUUUUUAUACACAGUAUUACAAGCUAGGAAUACAGUUUUAUGUCAUGACAUACUCUUGCAAUAAGUGCCAUAGGAUCUGUGGUGACCACAGAGUUGGGACACUCGUUUAAAGUCAGUCAGUCCCAUCUUCAAUUUUAUUGAGGAACAUCCCAUUAUUAAAAUUACAUGGUAUAGAUCAAAGAUCUGUCUUUGAACUUACUACCUUCUUGCUCAUUUCAGCAACAUAUGUCUUUUGGCUUUCACCUCAUGGCAUUCAUAUGUCUUUGUUCCUACAACUUGAAACGGAACACAAUGGGAGACUUACUCUCCCAACUGAUUUUUCCCCCCCCCCCCCCCCCCAACUGGCCUCCCUCAUCUGAUUGGUCGAGUAGGGGGGCCUUCUGACUUUGGCUGUGGUAACAAGUGACAGCCCACAAUUGUUCAGCCUUCCUAUUGGUCAACAAAAGCUGGACCGGCUCUUUUCUCUUCCAUCA